AUGUUGUACCUGACGACGGUGAUCAGCAACGCCUGCCUGGCGAUCCUGAACUGCGGGCUGUGCCUGUCGGCAACGAACCUCGCCAGAAUGAUGCUGCUGAAGGAUUUCAAGAUAUGUCCAGAGGGGCACAUCAAGUGCGACAAGGAGAAGUGGUACUUUGCAACGUUUUACUUUACGCUCUACAUGAGCGCCUUCUUCGGGUGUCUCAUUUCGCUAUACUUUAGAAGUUCCAACAGAAGAAAGGGGCUCAUGGGGGUGCACUACCUGUACAUUAUUGGAAGCUUACUGACAAUAUAUAGUACCCCUCACAUAAUAAUAUUUUUAUUUUCUCAAGCGUUUUUCGGACUAGCCAUUGGAGGAUCCGUGGUGACUGCAUCUUGUUACAUUUUAGAAUACACCCCAAAAGAUCACCAGAAAUUUUACGGGUUCUACAUUCAGAUAUUUUUCGCACUAGGUUUAUUGAUUAGCUACAUCUUUGGAGCCAUGUAUGCGAACAUGCGAUUUGCAAACCCGAGGACGACCUACUGGGUGUUGACUGUGUUGUAUAAACUGCACUUAGCACUCCCCUUAAUCAUCAGCGUGGUGUCCUUGCUUCUGUUCUCCUUCACAUUUACUAUGGACACACCCCUACAUUUGUACGAAUCGAAGAAAUUUAAAAAGUUUGAUAAAUUGAAAACCAGAAUGAACAUACAACAAUUUGACGAAAAGGAAGAAUAUCACAAAAAUGAAAAAACGAAGGAAGUCAGUUUACUAGGAAAGGAUUUAACAAUUGUGAAUUUUUUUCAAAACGAAUUGUUACGCAAAACUUCCUUUGUAGGGAUGUUGCUCUGUUUUUUGUACUCCCUCAAUGGAUCCUUUCUAUUUUUCAAUGCGAUAUUUUUAUUUUUCAAGGCCUUCUCCACUACCAGAGCUAAUACUUUUGUCUCCGUUGGGUUUGUGUUGGUUUACUUUAUUAGCUCCAUCCUUUGCACAAGAUUGAUUCAGAUAUAUCAGAAGAAGGAUCUGCUAAUUACUGGGUUGGUUGUACAAGCCAUUUCUGCAGCGUGUCUAGUGGGUUCCUAUUUCCUUGAUUUUUCAACCCUUGUUCACAAGAUCAUGUUAAUCGUUGCGAUAUCUGCUUAUUUUGUUGGCUUGUCCUUAGGCUUUGGACAUAUGAUUUGGACUCAUGUGUUUGAUUUAUUUCCCAAGGAAUGUAAAGUAGUGGGGGCCUUUUUUUCCUACUACUCUCUCUUCCUUGGUGCAUUCUUCAUUUCUGUAUUGCUCGAAUUUAUUAGUACCAGGUACUACUCCUACCUGUUUAUCGUUUGUUUGAUUUCCCUCUCCGUGUCCAUCGUCUCCUUCAGCAAGUGCUACAAGGAUGAGCGGGUCGCCAUCGCCAGGCACCCCUCCAUGGAGGACUAA